AUGACGGACAUUGACUACAUCGAGUUCGGCCUUUGUGACCAUAACGUUUGUCGACGUUGCUACGAUACAGCUGAAAGUGCUGAUCACGAAGGCAUACAUGGAUGUUGUAAUGCCGAUUGUCUCGAACUAGCAAAGAAAGAGACUACGCGCAAGAGAAAAGUUGUUAAAAGAGCGGAAAAACGACGAGCAAGAAGGCUUCCGCAGCGAAGUAUGAAAGCCAUGAUCUACAUACUCAGUGAAGUAUACCCAGACUCGUUCCGGAUGCAAUAUGAUGACAGCGAGCUGCAAAAGUUCGUGGAUGGGCUCAACAUUCACAGAAAUGCCAGAUCGGCAGACUCCAGUACGACGGAGUAA